ACCCUUGCGCACUACAAACUUCACAGCAUCGCAUAUGCAUGAACUAUUUUCCUGCAUCGAGAGUAGCAAAUGAGAUGGUACAAAAGGAAGAAAAAGUAAGCAGGUACAUUAUUACUAAUGACAUAGUUGAACGGGCUCGCUUCAACUUACUUGGCAGUUUGUUGCCCCCCUCUCCUCCUUACUUUUACAAAAAAAAAAGAAGGUUAUUUCGCUGUACGCCAUUUUUCCGGCCAUCCCCACCUUCUCUCCACAUUUUUGUGUUAAAAAUGAAGAGCAAAUAUACAACUACUGCUAAGCAUAAUAAGGGGUACAUAUAUAGGGAAAACAUACCUGAACAGUUUUUAUUUUUUUUUCUUAUUUUUUACCUAUUAAUUGUACUGUACGUGCUAAGAAACACACCCUAUAAGAAUAUAAUCCUUCUGUACAUUGUGCCUUGUGUGUUGCUCUUUAAAGUUUCCUUUAUAUGUCUGCCCAGGUUUAUACACUUUUUACAUGAAAAGGGAUUAUAUGGUGUAGAUUUGAACAAAAUAAGCAAAGGCAAAGUGGCAGAACCGAUUGGCCUAUUUCCGUCCAUUUUGUAUUUCAUUUUUACACUUUUUUAUCAGUUGUUAUACUACGAUGACCAUAAAAUUCUGCUAGAGUACAACGCCGGGUUGUUGUCCAUAAUUUUUAUGACCUUUUUGGGCUUCAUAGAUGACAUUCUCGAAUUGAAGUGGAGAUACAAAGUGGUUCUCCCAUUUUUCGGAAUCAACGGAUUGGAGAUAGGACAGAGCUUAAUUAUUGCCUUUUUCAUUUCGAUCCACAAUUUGAUAGAAAUCAUCCUAAACUUAGGAACCGGUGGAAGCAAAGGGAUCAUCGAAGGGGCACAAAUCCUGAAGCAACAUUUCCUGUCAAUCAUAUUUAUACUGCCAUUUGUAUCCAUAAACCUGGUUACCUUUUCUUUUAAUUUUUAUCCAUCCAAAGGAUUUGUCGGCAACACGUUAACCUAUUUUUGUGGCAUUUUUUUAGCAGUUGUUUCGAUAUUUGGUCAUUUCUCCAAAACAUUGAUAUUAUUUUUAAUUCCACAAUUUUUGAACUUUUUUCUUUCGCUGCCACAAUUGCUUAAUUUUGUCCCAUGCCCAAGACACAGAUUGCCAGUUGUGAAUCCGAGGACGAAUAAAUUAACAUAUUCUCACAAUUAUACUCUCAUAAAUUUGAUUUUGUAUUUAUUUGGGCCCCUCUCCGAGUUUCACUUAGUGGUACUGUUACUGGCCUUUCAGUUUGGGACGUGUUCCCUUGGUUUAUUUUUUCGCUACUUUAUUGACACGACGUAG